GGGAAAGACUUUAAUCCCAACACUUGGACGGAUUUUUCUCUCUAUGUCUUCAACUAUUCCCUUUUUCUUCCCCUCCUCGUUAUCAUCUCACGCACCGUCGCCCAACCAUUCACUUUCCGGCCAAAAUACUCCCGCCACUUCAUCGUCUACACUUCCUUCUCCCUUUCCAUGUCCGCCAUACCUCUUUGCUCUUCUCCGGUUCCCUUUCUUUCGCAAUCGCCGAUCAAACCUAGUAGAAAACCAAAAUUCUUCUCAUCAGAUUGCCACUGUCUUUCGAUUUCUUGUACUUUCACCAGAUUGUGGCCUUCUUCUCACUGUUCGACGUCGAAGAAUUUGAAGCCCGUGUGUAAUGGAGCUUUGUCCACUUUUGCUUGCUCGACUUCGCCGUUCAUUGGGAGAGUCGGGUCGCGGAUUCGGCUGGGGAAUUUCUCGCUGUUGUCGUUUGGAUUGAACUCCAAUGCAGCGGCUGCUGAGGAGGGUGCCGGUGGUGAUUCAUCGCAAUUUUUUUCGGGGUUACUUCCUUUUGUUGUAGCUGCUACUGGAAUUUCUGCCCUGACUUGUCCAUCUACUUUUACAUGGGUUCCUAAGGAUCUCUAUGCCCCAGCUCUUGGUGGGAUAAUGUUAUCUAUUGGAAUUAAGCUUUCUAUUAAUGAUUUUGCUCUAGCAAUGAAGAGGCCUGUACCACUCUCUAUUGGAUUUGUUGCUCAGUAUGUUUUGAAACCAGCUCUUGGUGUAUUGAUAGCAAGAGCAUUUGGGAUAUCUCCACUGUUCUAUGCAGGUUUUCUUCUUACAGCUUGUGUUGGAGGGGCUCAGCUAUCAAGUUAUGCCAGUUUCUUGAGUAAAGGAGAUAUUGCCUUAAGUAUUCUCCUUACCAGCUUCACCACCAUCUCUUCCGUGCUUCUAACACCUCUAUUGACUGGCAUUCUGAUCGGUUCGGUUGUUCCAGUUGAUGCCGCUGCCAUGUCAAAAUCAAUACUGCAGGUUGUUCUUCUUCCGGUCGCUCUCGGACUCGUUCUUAAUUCUUAUGCAAAGCCAAUCGUAGCCAUUAUUCAGCCUGUGAUGCCAUUUGUUGCAAUUAUCUGUACUUCAUUGUGUAUUGGUAGCCCCCUUGCUAUAAACAGAAGCCAAAUUUUGUCGAUCCAUGGAGCCCAGUUGGUUCUUCCAGUUUUGGCAUUUCAUGCAAUGGCAUUCACUUUGGGAUACUGGGCAUCGAAAAUCCCAAUCAUAAGGCAAGAAGAAGAAGCUAGCCGCACAAUUUCACUAUGCACAGGGAUGCAAAGCUCCACUCUAGCAGGGCUUCUAGCUACUCAGUUCCUCGGGAGCACUCACGCCGUUCCACCCGCGUGUUCGGUUGUUGCCAUGGCCAUCAUGGGUCUUUGUCUAGCUUCUUUCUGGGGCAGUGGCUCUAAAAUCAGAGACUUGCCAUCUCUUUUGGUACAAAAAACAAGUUCAAUUGCCGGUGCUUCUUGAAUCUGCUUGAAUUAGCAUAGCAACUCUCGCAUCUCUUAAAAGUGGUUGAAAAGUCUCAAAUUGCAACAACAAAAAGUUCCAUUUGAAGACAAAAGAAAAGACUGUUUCAACCCACAUAUGUGAUUCUGAGGAACCACAUGGAAAAGAUGGCAAGAAAAUAGAUAUAGUUUGUGUAAGUUCAUAUGACACAGGAAAUCUCAUGGGUCCUAUAUAUCAUGAGAAUGAGGCAGAAUAAUAUAUGAAAUAUCAUUAUAGUUUUUAAAUAAAAGCGAGGAAAGAAAUGAUGUUUCUCAUUAUUUCUGUUUAUUAAGGAUGUAUUACUUAUCUGUACAGAAAAUUUAGUAAAUACACACUUUUUAAUCAAUUGAAGGAAAAAAAAAUCAUGUUUUGCUU